UAAAGACCCAUCAGCUCGCUCGCCUCCCCUUCAAUUUUACCUUUUCUGCUUUUUUUUUUUUCCUUUCUUGUUGCAACAGAGCUCAGGAGGCAGCAGUGGCUCCACUCUGAGGCUUGUCAAGGCUCAGCGCAUGCACACACACACACACACGCAACCCAGAGCGAAAACAUUUGCUCUCACCUGCCUCCAAACCCAAAGCAAACCUCACGGCCAAGCAAACCACCAACACUUCGAACGAGAAGGCACCCAAACCAGAAUCUAAUGUAAGGGGAAGAAAUUCAAUGUGCAGUAGCAAAUUUUCGCUAAAAAGCAAGUGGGCGUAAGGAAGAAAAGGAGCAUUUUAAGAAAAUGACACCUUAAGGAAGAAGAUUUUACUUUUGGAUUUUGUACCAAACUUUGAAAAAGUUUUUUUUUUUUAAAUUAUUAUUUUGUGCAUCUUUUUCUAAGAACAUUGAGCUGUUGUUACCUGUAUGUAAAAUCUUCUACAUACAUAUAUUUUUAAAAAGGAAGAAAAUCAAGAGGAUAAACAGCAUGUGGACCACCUAGCAAAAGGCAGUACUGAAGCAUCCUUUGCGGCGAGGGGGACGCAGACUCUGGAUGCAUGUAAUUUCAAGAGACUGCAUUUUUUUUCCACUGGGCUUAUGAGCUAGCACAGAGGCAGGCGAGUCACAGAGAAUCACUUCUGUCUCCCCUCACCACCACCACCACCACCUCCUCUUCCAAGGGCUCCUGCAACUCUCCCACCAGCAGCCCGGCUGGGAGGGGAAAUGGGAAUGCGUGGCGCCCUCGAUGCCUGAGGCCGGGCGGCCGCGGGGUUGUCUGCGGGAAGCGCUUCCCUCCCGGGGCUCGCCGUCCAUGUGCCUGCAGCCGGCGGGGCCUGAAGUCGGGAUGAAUUUCGGCGUGGUCUUCGCAUUCAUCCUCUCCCUGCCCCUGGCCCGCCUGGAGGGGGAUCCCAUACCCGAAGACAUUUAUGAGAUUUUGGGUGGCAGCUCAGUGCGCUCUAUCAGCGACCUCCAGCGUGCCCUGCAGAUAGACUCCGUAGAGGAGGAUAGCUUGAACCUGGACCUGAAUGCAACUCAGACUGGUCAAAACCCCGUGGCCCUGUCUCGAAAGCGACGAAGCCUAGAUGCUCUGGCGGCAGCAGAGCCAGCUGUCCUCGCGGAGUGCAAAACACGGGCGGUGGUCUUUGAAAUCUCCCGUAACAUGGUAGACAGCACCAACGCCAACUUUGUGGUGUGGCCACCCUGUGUGGAGGUGCAGCGUUGCUCCGGGUGUUGCAACAACCGCAACGUGCAGUGUCGCCCCAUGCAGAUCCGCGUCCGGCAUGUCCAGGUGAACAAGAUUGAAUUUGUCCAGAGGAAGCCAAAAUUCAAAAAAGUCGUUGUGCCUUUGGAGGACCAUGUGCAGUGUCGGUGUGAAGCAGUGUCCCGUCAGCCCCCCAGGAACAGCCGGCCAGGGCCACGUGAACAGAGACGCUUGUCACCAUCGUUCACCACAGCCGCUGUCUCACAAAGGCAGCGAGUACGCCGGCCACCGGCACAGAAGAGGAAACAUAAGAAGUACAAGCAUGUCAACGAUAAGAAAGUGCUGAAAGAAAUCCUCAUAGCAUAGAAGUGCUGACAGGGGAGAGCGAGCACAAGGCAGGUUUAUUUAAUAUAUUUGCCGUAUUGCCCCCAUGGGGUCCUUGGAGUGAUAACUUUUCCUUUUUAUCCAUCUGCCUCGACGUCUGAUUCAGACGGCAAUUGGUGCUUCCCUUUCCAUCAGUGGACCUUCUCCCACCAAAGCCUCUCCCUUCUUUCAUUUAUUAGCAUAAUUUUAAAGUUUUACACACACAAAAAAAGGACAAACAUGACCUAUAUAUAUAUAUAUGAGAAAAAGAACAAAGUACAAGUAAAACCAUGAACCCUGACAGCCACAACAUGCAGAUGAGGACAGGACAAUGCCUUCCCUGCUCCAGAGGACAGGAUGGAAAAUGUGAAAAGGAAAGUGGGUCCAAUUUCUUCCAAGAGGAGGAGAAAAACAAAUGGACAGAGGGCAGAAGGGGAAUAUUCUCCCUUCCCUUCAUGUUUCUGGUAAGGAUGGGGGGCCCGGCUGAGAUCAACACUUGCACUGGACCUGCAUUUUGAGAACAGGCAUAUCUCAGAUUGCGAGCAGCGACCAAUGAUGGAAAAUGCACUAAGGACUUUUAUCGCCCUACCUGGACAGAUAUAUAUUUUUAACAUGCGUGUGUAUGUUUUAUUUUAAAAAAGAAAAACCAAAACCACUAAGAUACACAACAUCUCGGGGAACAGAACAAAAAAAAACCCCGAAAACAACAAAACAAAGAAGCCAAAUGCAUUCCCCCCCUCCCUUUCCCCUCCUGCUCCUGGUGCUGACUGGAAGGUGUUUGGAUGGUGGGGAAAGAGCAGACGGUGGCAGAAUCGUCUCCACGCCCCCGUCCCCUGCCAAGGGGAGCCAUCUUUGCACAUGCUGGUGGAGAAUUCAACUUUCCAGGCUCCGACUCAAACUAUUUUUUAAAUUUGCUCUGUAUGUGUGCGCAUGUAUAUGUGUGUGUCUAUAUAUACGUGUGUGUGCGUGCGUGUGUGUGUAUGUGUAUUUAUACAUACAUAUAUAAAUAUAUAUAUAUGUUCUUAAAUGGAUUUCAUUCCCCGUUGGCAGGAAGCUCAGAGGCACAUGCAUGCAUUGGCUUCGUUGGGCUGGCAGAAAAGCACACUGUUACCGCAAGGUGCCUGCGAGGUCCGGGACAGGACAGGCAGACAUCAUCUGAUCUCUCUCUGUCUUGUUGCCCUUUUCUCUCACUCUCCACCAACCCCCCAGCACGACUUCCUUGCAGGAGACGAAAUGGCACCACAAGGAGACCAACAACAGCCAAACUUAGAAGCAUGACUUAAUCUCAGUGAGCUGUCCUUGCCUGCUCUGUGCUCCUGAAAGCAGAAUCAUGUCAUUCCCCCGAGGUUUUUAACCCCUUCACGGGUGUCCUGCACACCAUAUCUUCACUGCUCUCUCCCUGCCAAUGUCCUCGCAUCUCCCAUCAUUUUCCUCACAUUUUCCCUCUCAAAUUCCUUCUGGAUUUUUGCCUGUUUGUUAGAUGUUCCCAGCCCACCUAGCUUCGAAUUUGGUGCAAGAUGUGGGCAGCUCUGUGUAGGUAUAGAGAAAUGAGGAUGGUCUUGGCAGUUGGCAGCAGCAUCUGACACAGAAAUGAGCUCUUCUAAGUGAGGAGAACUCUGAGAACAACUGGAUGGUCAGUUGUAGAGUCCCUCCUGGGCCGCUGCCUGUUCUGGAGGAGGGAGGAGGUCUCUGCGGGCAGGGGCUAUUUCUGCACACCUAAUACUCACUCACCAUUAGCAGAAAUGUUACAUAUGAUGGGAAUUUCCAUUGUCACCUUGAAGUCCCGGUCUCGGAUUGUGCCGUGCUGGGCACUACAGAGUUACACAUGACGACAAUGCCUGACCAGAGCCAGCACGGCAGCCCUCCCCUUCCCCUCCUGCCUCCAGCCACUUCUCUCCCUGCACGCACAUGCACCCCUGUUGUGGGGCAAAGCCCUGAAGCAGCCGAGAGGAGGCAAAGCUGCAACCUGGGAGCUGUUACAAGUUGUGGAGGAACACAGCCUUCACCUCCUGAAGCCCAGAGCACUUCUCUUACCACUGCCAAGGCAGCACGUUGCUCUCUCCCUCCAUCCCCAAGCCCUCAAGUCUUAAGACACUUUGUUUUCCUGUUCCAAAAUCUGUUUCCUUUGUUUUGUAAAGAUGGUGAGGUUUUAUUUUAUUUUCAUUUUUUCGGCUUUUUUUUU